AUGGCUCUCGGAACCAACCUACCAUUCUGGCCAGCGCUGGUCUUCACCUAUCUCGAGCCCAUCUCUCUCAUCGUCGGCCUGCAAGCCGCAUUCUCCAACCCAAAAGAUUUCGUAGCUCGCCAGAUGCCCUCCGCCACCGGCCCCAUUCCCGACGGCGCAAUCAUUCUAACUUACACGAUUGGGAACGUUUUUCUGCUUCUCGCGUUCUUGGGAAUCCUCUGCACCGCCGUUACGCGAGAUACACGUGUGACACAGCUCUACCUUUUUUUUGUUGCCGUUGGCGACCUUGGCCACAUAUACGCAAGCUAUAAAGUCAUGGGUCAGGAAAUGUUCUUGGAUCUGAAUAACUAUAAUGAUAUGAUGUGGGGGAAUAUUGGUGUGAGCGCUUUUCUGCAUGUCAAUCGCCUUGCUACGUUGCUGGGGGUGUUUGGUAAGGUGGGGAGGUAGGAGCGUCCGAGUAAGAGUGAAAAGGCUGGAUAGUGAACUUAGGGCACUGCGCAUUUGACGGAUUGACGUAUAUGACGUCCCAACGACCAGUGGAGAUAUAUGGAUUUGAAAUAUAUGUGAUACU